ACUGUAUCCUGCGCGUUCACGACACGCUGCGCACAGACUGCCUGUGUAGAGAGAUAGAGACAGACAGACGUAGAGAGGGAGGGAGCCGAUAUUAGUGGUGACAGAGAGCAGCAGAGAGCACAUAUACUUUAGACGAGCGCAUGCGACAAGAUGCUGAGCGUCGCCUUGCUGUGCAUGUGCGCCGUCACCCUCGGACGCGUCUCGGCUCGCUCCGACAGCGGCAAUUUUUUGGAUGAUAAGUGGCUUGCCGGAAGAUGGGAUAGAUUCAGAGAUGAGCCGGGAACAUGGACCCCAUCCAAGCCCUUUGACCAAGGCCUUGAUCCAGCCAAAGACCCUUGUCUGAAGAUCAAAUGUGGCCGUCACAAGGUGUGCGUGGCUGAAGACUACAAAACAGCCGCUUGCGUCAGCCAGAGGAGGGUUAGCUUUAAAGAUGCCAGUUUGUACCAGAAUCCUGGCUCCAAGUGCAAACCCUGCCCCGUGGUCCACCCUUCCCCUGUUUGUGGAACCGACGGACACACCUACUCCACCAAGUGCAAGUUAGACUACCAGGCAUGCAUCAGCGGCAAGAAGAUUGCUGUCAAGUGUGCUGGCAUGUGUCCUUGCCCUACUCAGCCUGAAAAGAGCUCUACAGAGACGAAAGUGUGCAGCGAGACUGAACUCAAGGAAGUAGUGGGUCGACUGAGAGACUGGUUUAGAGUGCUACGUGACAAUGGCAACCACAAGAGAGACAAGCUCCAGAAGAACAAAUUUGAGAUCGGGGCAUCACCUGUAUGCAAAGAUCCUCUCGGAUGGAUGUUCUCCCGCUUGGACACCAACUUUGACCUCCAGCUUGGCCAAUCAGAGAUCAAGAGCCUCUACCUGGAUAGAAAUGAGCCUUGCUCUGAUGCAUUCUUCAAGUCGUGCGAUACACACGCCGACAAAGUUAUUUCCAGCUCUGAAUGGUGCACCUGUUUCCAGAGGUACACAGACUCCCCUUGUAAAGCUGAGCUGUCAUCCAUCGGCAAGAAGCAAGCGGGAAAGAAGCUGCUCGGCCAGUAUCUGCCGUCCUGCGAUGAGGACGGUUACUAUCGCUCGCACCAGUGUCACAGCAGCAGCGGCCAAUGCUGGUGCGUGGAUCGCUAUGGCAACGAACUGGCCGGCUCACGCACUCAUGGUCCAGCUGACUGCGGUGUUAUUUUAGAGUCUUCAGGAGAUCUCGGUAGCGGUGACUCCUUGGAAACCGAAGACGACGAAGAUUCCUUCGUCCUGAGCGAGCAGGCCGGGAUGGACGAUGAGGAUGACGAGGAUGAUGACGACGAUGACGAAUAUGUGUCGUAAUUUUAUUUUACUGUCAUUUUUUUAAGAAAAAAAUAAGAGAAACUGUUUGUUUGGUCAAACUGCACGUUUCUAAGCGACGCACCCAGGCAGAUAAUUCAUCAUACUAACACCCUAAGGACUAAUUUUCUUUUAUUUCUACCUAUACAAAUAUAUUUUUAAAAAUCAGUUCAGUUUUUUAUUUCAUUUUGCUUCCUGAAUCUAAAAAUACCUGUUGGCUUAAUGGCGUUUUUUUGGUUUGUUUGUUUUCCCUUGAGUGCCACUGCCAAGAAUGGCAGCCCGUCCAAUGUUUUGGAUGUGGUCACAUGUGCAAAAAGCUCCCCUUUGAUUGGACACUCAUGUCCUCGAGUGUGUCCUGUCCUUGUUCACCACUCUUAGUGUGUUGAUGCCUGAGGCGCGCUAUUUAAGAGAUUUUCCGCCUCCUCUUCUUUAUCCCUCUCUCUCCCGCUCCUUAUCUAAUGUUCCAGUGUAUAGGUGGGAUGUUGAUGAUGUAGAUAAGAGAAUAUUGCACUCUUUAGGUUUCUUUUCAUCUUCAUUCGUAACUGUGACUGUGUGGAAAAAGCAAGAUAAGGGUCGGACACGCUUCUUUGUUGGUAGAGUUGAGACACGGUGUUAAGCGUUGGAAAACCAACAUUUAAAAAAAAAAAAAAAAAAUCAUCUCAAAAGGCUCAGCAACCGAUUAGUGCUUAGAGGGAGGGGGGAAAACCCAGAGGCGUCGACAGUGAAAAUGAUGAUGUAUUUUUCUAAUCCAUUGUUGGAUGAUUACAGAGGAUUUGUUGUAGCAUGUCCAAACGCUGCGUGACGUUGCAGCAGCCAACUUCAAAAUAGCGUGUACAGAUUGAAGCACGACUAGCAACAAAUCACAUAAAAGAUGUUUACUGAGCUUGUGAAAAAAGAACAUGCUGUACAGUAGAUGUUAUGCAUUUUUUUUUCUUUUUUAAGUCUUAUUCAAUUUGAAAAAAAGAAGUGAGUUGCACAGUCAAAGAAGUAGAAUCAAGCAAGGUGGCGGAAAGGUGAAGGUGUGCCUUUUUCCAGCAGGGACAGGUGACUAUAGGAGCAGGUGACACAUGCUUACUGGACUGAACCUGGCCUAAGCUGGCUGAUCUGAUCGUGAAACUAUGUGAGAGGGACUUUACUGUCUGGCUUUUCUCUUACUACUUCUCCUUUCGUUUUUCAUAGAAAUGCUAAGACAUAGUUAGAGACACACACAAGCUAUUUAGGGGUUAACUGUUAGAUUCAGCUGGACUUCCACGUUUUAUACAGUAUAAUAGGACACCGAGUUAAAAAAAUUGCCUUAGAUGGCUUUACAUGAAAAAAAAAAAACUAAGUUUUGAUUUGCAUAUAUGCUCACCAGCUAUAAUGACCGGUAAAUGAACUUAGAUACAGAUCUGGGAUCAGCUGUACUUCAGUUUUUCAUGUCAGAUUCUGGUUUUCAAUGGACUUUUUUUUUUUUGGGGGGUAAUCUAACUGGAGUAAGUAUUCAUUCAUUGUUUCCCAUAUUCCUCGCCAUCAACGAGAUUCAAGAGUUUUUCUUUCGGAAAAUGUGCUCAACAUGGGUUCAAAAUUGCUGAUCCUUUCUGUAAGUAUGACAUUUUUUUCCUCAAACUUUUUUAUUAGUGGUAUCUAACAACAUAUGUAGUACAGUACCAUGAAUAAAAAUUUGUAGGGGAUACAUUGAAGUCAUCUGUGCAUUUUUAGUUUUCAACCAGCUGUCGAAAUCUCUAAAAUGUGCCGUCGAAGCUAGGCAUGUGCCGGUAUGAGAUUUUGAUGGUAUGACAACCUUAAGCAAAAAUAUUGCGGUUUCACGGUAUUGCAAUUAUAGCUCUAAAAUGUGUUAUUUUAUGGGUUUAAAAAAAAUCAAUUGAACAGGAUUUUUUUAAUUUUCACAACAAAUUUGCAAAUUGGAACACCAACAUGAAUAUAACGUUAAAAUAGAUAAAUAAAAUAACAAAAAAAUAAAUAACUGAAAUAUUUUGAAUACAAUUGAAAUAAAUAGAACUUAUAGAAUAAAUCCACAGCCACAGCUCAAGUUGCUCAACAUUUGAACAAGAACCCUUGGUAAUAUAGAACUGGACUUAAACAAUAUGUGAUCAAAUUGACUUUAUGUAAAACACAUACCACUACUACUAUUAAUAUUAAUUAGUUGAAUAUUAAUGGCGAGGGAGGGUAAGCGAAAGAACACGUGUGUAUGACUCGUAUCAUUAUUUACACAUUAUACACACACACCCUCUCUCAACACAGAAAGUCACCAGAGAGAAAAAACACCACAGGCUGUAUUAUCCAUCCAUCCAUCCAUCAUCUUGCUCCGGGAACGGGUCGCGGGGGAAGCAGCUUUAACAGGGAAGUGCAGACUUCCCUCUCCCCAGCCACUUCAACCAGCUCCUCCGGCGGGAUCCCAAGGCGUUCCCAGGCCAGCCGAGAGACAUAGUCUCUCCAGCGUGUCCUGGAUCGUUCCCGGCACCUCCCACCGGUUGGACAUGCCCGGAACACUUCUCCAGGGAGGCGUCCAGGAGGCAUCCGAACCAGAUGCCCGAGCCACCUCAGCUGGCUCCUCUCAACGCGGAGGAGUAGCGGCUAAACACCGAGUCCCUCCCGGAUGACCGAGCUUAGCCCAGACACCCUGUGGAAGAAACUUAUUUCGGCCGCUUAUAUCCGGGAUCUUGUUCUUUCGGUCACGACCCACAGCUCGUGACCAUAAGGUGCGGGUAGGAACGUAUAUCGACUGGGAAAUCGAAAGCUUCGCCUUUCGGCUCAGCUCCUUCUUCAGCACUACGGACUGGUGCAGAGUGCGCACUACUGCAGACGCUGCACCGUCUCGAUCUCCCGCUCCCUCCUACCCUCACUCGUGAACAAGACCCCAAGAUAUUUGAACUCCUCCACUUGGGGCAGGCUCUCAUCCCCGACCCAGAGAGGGCACUGCACCCUUUUCCGACUGAGGCCCAUGGUCUCGGAUUUGGAGGUGCUGACUUCACACUCGCCUGCGAACCGCUCCAGUGACAGUUGGAGGUCACGGCUUGAUGAAGCCGACAGCACGACAUCAUCUGCAAAAAGCAGAGAUGCAAUGCUGAGGUCAACAAACCGGCCGCCCUCUACACCUCAGCUGCGCCUAGAAAUUCUGUCCAUAAAAAUUAUGAACAGAAUUAUGAACAGAAUCAGUCACAAAGGGCAGCUUUGUCGGAGUCCAACCCUCACUGGCAACAAAUUUGACUUACUGCCGGCAAUGCGGACCAAACUCUGAUACCGGUCGUACAGGGACUGACCAGCCCUCACCAAGGGGCUCGGUACCCCGUACUCCUGGAGCACCCCCCGACAGGACUCCCCGAGGCACACCGGUCGAACGCCUUCUCCAGAUUCACAAAACACAUGUAGACUGGUUGGGCGAACUCCCAUGCACCCUCAAAAACCCUGCCGAGGGUGUACAGCUGGUCUACUGUUCCAAGUCCGGAACGAAACUGCUCCUCCUGAAUCCGAGAUUCAACUUCCUGAUGGACCCUCCUCUCCAGCACCUCAGAAUAGACUUUACCGGGAAGGCUGAGGAAUGUGAUCCCUCUAUAAUUUGAACUCACCCUCCGUAAAAAGGUCCUCCUCCCUUCUUAAAAAGGGGGACCACCAACCCGGUCUGCCAAUCCAAAGGCACUGUCUCCGAUGUCCAUGCAAUGUUGUAGAGGAAUGUCAGCCACAACAGCCCCACAACAUCCAGAACCUUUAGGAACUCCGGGCAGAUCUCAUCGACCCCCGGAGCCUUGCCACAGAGGAGCUUAGGCGGUAAUAUGAAAAUGCUAUUUUGAACAGAUGUCUACAAUGGCGGAAGACUUUACUAAUGUAGGCUAAUGAUAGAGAGGAAACUAGUUAGCCGUCUUAGAAAGCAUGCCAAGACGGCUAACUAGUUUCCUGUCUACCAUUAGCCUACAUUUGUAAAGUCUUCCGUAUAGAGGAAACUAGUUAGCCGUCUUGGCAUGUUAACUAUCCACGUUAUCUGCCUCGUUGACAAACUUACGUUAUAGUAUUUGUUUUACCAUCGCUCUUGUAGCUGGUGGGAAACGUUCAUGAUAGCGUUUACUUACCUUAAAUUUUGUGUAAAGUGACGGAUGAUGAUCACGUAAAUGCGAAAUCAUGUUGGAGGUCCUGCUGUCCUUCCUCUUCUAAGCCGCGGCCGUCUGUUUCUUAUCAGUAGCUGAGGUACUCCCAUAGUAGCAACUUUGUCUUUUUUGAUGGGGGAAAAAGCUUAGUUGUAGUGUCACCGACAGACACAGGACAGAGCAACAACCGGAGAGGGAGGGGUGAGCGCUGCCGCUCCAACGGAUUUCUCGCUGAAUUUGUGUGACAUAAAAAAACUAGCUAAUACUAUACUACGGUAUGACGGAAAAUUUUAGUGGUUUUGAAACCGUGACGUUUUCAUACCACGUUAAACCUUGAGACCGGUAACCGGCACAUGCCUAGUCCAAACUAAAAUGUUACCCUGAUAGUUCUUUUUUUCAAUCACUUAACAUGGAAUUCCACUUGACAUCUAGAAAUUCUAAUGAAUAUUUCUACUUGCAAACUUGUUUAGCGUAGAGUAGACACUGUAGUUAUUCUAAACACUGUCGUCUUGGUUUGCGUCAAAAGCUUCUGGACAUACAGAUGCUUCUUUCUUUUUUACAGUGUAUCUAUGAUUUGCUGAAAUAAAAAGCUAUAUUGACCAACA